CAGACGGAGGAGGACACACAGGGAGAGAAAGAAUCAAUUUAACGCGCGAAGGAUUCCGGUGUGAUUGCGCAAUCUCACCGGGAACCGGAGGAAGAUUAGAAAGAGAAAUUGAAUGAGAAUUAGAAAGAGAGAAAGGGAGUGGGAAAUUGAAGAAGGGAAAUAGGAAAGGGAAUAUGUGGUGGGAGAGAGGGGGGAGCGGUAGUACACAGCCCCCCCCCCACCCCCCCUCUUCCUCCUCUUCUUCCUCGAACGAAUGCCAGGCACGGAAGCUCCCCAUUGGUCAGUCUGAGGUCAGCUGGUCUCUUCUUCCCCUUUACACCCCUCCUCACCCCAUCCCGUCUUCUCCACACACAAACACAUACACACAGACCCCCCCCCCCCCCUCUCUCUCUCUCUCUCUCUGUCCCACACUGGCACUCAGCCACCCAGAUACCCCCCUUCGCCUCCUCUCACCCUCACCCUCCUCACCCCACUCCUCCCAAUCUGCGAUAAACUAAGUGAUAGCAGCAGCCCGUCGGACUGUCGGCUAUAAAACACAACAAAUCAUAAAGUGCAGGCAGGGGAAGGCAGAGGAAGGAGGACGGGAGGGAGAACCGUUAGCCGUUAGCCGUUAGCCUCCUUCUACUCCUCCUUCUUCUUCUUCUUCUUCUUCACCACCGUGUGAACGUUGUUGUUGUGUUUGUUUCGUGCCCUCCUAUCCUCCCCUCUCCUCCUCUUCUCUUCACCUCUCCUUUCUUCUCUCCUUUUCCUUCUUCUCUAUCCUACUUUCUCCCGAUGAGUUCCUAUUUCGUCAACUCCACUUUCCCGGUGACGCUACCGGGAACGGGUGCUGGCGGGCAGGCGGCAGAGUCGUUCUUGGGUCAGAUCCCGCUCUACUCCUCGGGAUACGCCGCCGACCAUCCGCUCAGACACUACUCGGGGGCAGCAGCCGUUACCGCUGCCGCAGCUGUGGCGUACGGCGCGAGCGGCGGCGUGCAUCAGGAUAAACCGUACUCGGCGUCCACCUACUACCAGCAGGCGGCGAAUGGAGCGUACGGCGGGCACCGGGCAGCGCCAGGGGUCGGUGUAGGGGGCGCAACCGUAGCCGGUGCUUGCGAUUACGCCACGGCAGCGGCGGCAGCAGCAGCUGCAGCUGUGGCCACGAGCUUUUACCGGGACAAGGAGCACGCAUGCAGCCUGGAAGAGCACCAGCUCGCGCUGAGCCAGGACGGCAUGCACCGUAAAGCGGAGUGCGCAGGGCUGAGUGGGAAAGGGAUGUUCGGUGAAACGAUGGACGACAAGCUACAGUCAUCAGCCCCUAUUUAUCCGUGGAUGCAGCGGAUGAACUCGUGCAACGGGACCUUCGGCAGCCCCGGGAGGCGCGGGCGGCAGACGUACACGCGCUACCAGACGCUCGAGCUGGAGAAGGAGUUCCACUUCAACCGGUACCUCACGCGGCGGCGGCGGAUCGAGAUCGCGCACGCGCUCUGCCUCACGGAGCGGCAGAUCAAGAUCUGGUUCCAGAACCGGAGGAUGAAGUGGAAGAAGGAAAACAAGCUCAUGAACUCCUCUUCAUCAUCCUCCUCUUCCUCCACGGUGAACGGUGCAGAGGAAGAGGAGAAACGGACGGAGUGAAAGAGGAGGGGGAAAAAGACUGAUGUAAGACACUUAAAAAAGGAAGAUGGAGAAAAAGACAUGCUGGUUAAUCCCUUCCCCUUCCCGUCUCAAAGUUCGUCCAGACAUUUGUCUGAUGGGAAAACACUGGGAAAAAGUAGCCUACAUUUAAUGUAAUUACAUUUUCUUUACCUGAGCAGUGGUGACACACUUUCAAAUGAAGAGGAUUCCUUUUUGGAUCCCUCGUGUAUCCAACUGCCUCUCUGUGUGGUCUGACAAUUGGGAAAUAAUUUGUAAAUGAUUCUUGAGAAAGAACCGCGUGACUGUUGAAAAUACAGAUACAAUUAAGAAAUGAAAAAAGAGAUAAACAAACACAUAAAAACAGAGAGAGGGUGGUGGUGGGGCAGGCUAUGGCAUUCAAAGUGUAUUUAAAUAUACCGUAAAUAAGUAACACGCUACCCAACAGAUUGUUUAAGACACACUGUUGUGUUGCAUUCCGAGAAAACCACCUAACUUCUUAUUCUACUUAGUUUUGAUUUUUGUCAAAUGUGCUUUCUGUCUAUCAGGCACUUGUUUUAAAACUUUAGGAACGAUCCCCACUUUUUUCCUUUUUUAUUAUUAUUUUGUAAACGUGUUGUGUGUAGUAUACCUUCAAUUAAACGUGCAAACACGCUCAUACACACAGUGAUGUGGAGAGGAAAAGCUAUUUGAGAAGUGUAUGUAUGUUAUACGGUGUUCAUAUUUAAACUGUAUAGAACUAAGCAAGGAAAAAAAAUCACCUUGUACGGUGAAAAUAAUGUAAUUGCGGGUCGAGGAGGGGUAUGUUCACCAGUCCAGGUGUUUUACUUUUCCAAUAUAGAGGCAGCGCGUAGGAGGGGGUGUUAACCUACUGAUGUUUUUCUCCAAACUACCUAAAAACGUUCAGGAAAGCGUAUAUUUUAUGGAUUUUUACAUUGUUUGUUUAUGUUAGUGUUUUUGUCAAGUAAUUAUGUAUACUACCUAUGAGAAAUGUUCAAUAAAAUGUCAAGUAUGUAUUGGGAGAGAUUCUUAAUGGAGGGUUUGUUGGUUAAUUAAUUAAAACAUUAACAAACAUUAA